AGCGCCCAGACCCGAGCCGCCCGAGGGCCGCGCUCAGCCGGGACAGCCGCACCUGAGACCCCGGCUCCGGCCAAGCCGCGGCGCCGGAAGCGCGGGCGGAUCGGCGGCAGGGGGAGAGCGACUCGCGCAAGCCGGGAGCCCAGAGCCCCAAAGCGGGGGACCAAGACCCACCUCACCCAGCAGGGGCGAGGACGGCGGGUCGCACUCCUCCGUCUCAGAGGCUGACCCUGCAGCCUCAGCGUCUCGCCCUGACUCUUAAACUUCUGGGCGAGGAGGAACCUGCCGGCCGCCCGCCCCCUCGCGCACAGGAUUCGCUCUUGAACUCCGCCGCGCCCGGGGUCCACCUUGCGCCGCCCUGAGCGCGGGCGUGGAGCAGCCAGCUGCCGGGAAACCCGAUGAACUCUCCAGAAAGGGCGUGACGGAGGGUCCAGCCGCCACGCUCGGCCCAGGCGCAGGGGUCCCCUUGGCGGAGCGUGGAGCUCGGGGCAGCGGAGCGCCGCAAGUGGUGGAGGAUGACCAAGAGGCCUCAGGGGACCUCCGCGCAGUAAUGCCAACAUGAUGUUUCACUCAAAUCGAAUGUGGAGCUGCCAUUGGAAAUGGAAGCUGUGUCCCCUCCCUCACCUUCUCUUCUUCUUGGCCCUGUGUGUCAUUUGCGGUCCUCACUCAGUGCGAGGAUGUGCCAACUGCAGGGUCGUCCUGUCCAGCCCGUCUGGGACCUUUACUUCUCCGUGCUACCCCAACGACUACCCUAACAGCCAGGCUUGCAUGUGGACCCUGCGAGCCCCCACUGGCUACAUCAUUCAGAUAACGUUUAAUGACUUUGACAUUGAAGAAGCUCCCAAUUGCAUUUAUGACUCAUUAUCCCUUGAUAAUGGAGAGAGCCAGACUAAAUUUUGUGGAGCAACAGCCAAAGGACUAUCAUUUAACUCAAGUGCGAAUGAGAUGCAUGUGUCCUUUUCAAGUGACUUUAGCAUCCAGAAGAAAGGUUUCAAUGCCAGCUACAUCAGAGUUGCUGUGUCCUUAAGGAAUCAAAAAGUCAUUUUACCCCAGUCAGUAGAUGCUUACCAGGUAUCUGUUGCAAAGAGUGUCUCCAUUCCAGCGCUCAGUGCUUUCACGCUGUGCUUCGAAGCAGCCAAAGUUGGCAAUGAAGACAGUGACUGGGUGGCGUUCUCUUACUCGGAUGCAUCCCUCGAACCCUUGCUCACUUUUGGAAAGGCCAAUGGUGACUACUUCCUAAAUAUUUCUGGCUCAAAAUGCUGGCUGAAUAGCGCAUUACCUGUGAAAGAUAAAGAAGACAUUUUCACUGAAAGCUUUGAGCAGCUCUGCAUGGUUUGGAAUAAUUCUUUAGGCUCUGUCGGUGUCCAUUUCAAAAGAAUCUACGAAAUGGUCCCGUGUGAUUCUACCAUUAGUAAAGUCAUUCCUGGGAAUGGGAAAUUGUUGUUGGGCUCCAAUAAAAAUGAAAUUGCCUCCCUAAGAGGGGAUAUUUAUAACUUUCGGCUUUGGAAUUUUACCAUGAAUUCGAAGAUCCUCUCCAACCUCAGCUGCAAUGUGAAAGGGAACGUGGUUGACUGGCAGAAUGACUUUUGGAACAUCCCAACCCUCGCUCUGAAAGCUGAAAGCAACCUAAGCUGUGGUUCCUACCUGAUUCCGCUCCCGGCAGCAGAACUAGCCAACUGUGCAGAACUGGGGACCCUCUGUCAAGCUACUGUAAACUCUGCUAGUACUACACCACCCACUGUCACCACUAACAUGCCUGUUACUAAUACAGUCGAUAAUCAAAUGAAUGAUGGAAUUAUAUAUAGAAUAUCCAUAGUGAUUCAAAAUAUCCUUCAUCACCCUGAGGUCAAGGUACAGAGCAAGGUGGCAGAAUGGCUCAAUUCAACCUUCCAGAAUUGGAACUACACUGUUUAUGUGGUUAAUAUCAGUUUUCACCUGAGCAUGGGAGAGGACAAGAUUAAAGUCAAAAGAAGCAUUGUGAAUGAUCAAAGAUUGAUGAUUUGGGCCCUUCUAGUUUACAAUGCUACCAAUAAUGCCAACUUAGAAGGAAAAACCAUUCAACAGAAACUUUUAAAAAAUAAUGAGUCCCUGAAUGAGGGCCUGAGGCUCUACACAGUGAAUGUGAGGCAACUGGGUAUUUGUGCUGCGGUGGAGGAACCCACAGGCUUUUACUGGCCAGCUAUCCCACCUUCUGAGUACAGCCAUCCGUGUCCAGACAAGCCUGGCUUUUCUGUUACACGGAUAUGUUACCGCAAUCCUUCCAACACUUCAUUAGCCGAGUGGGGGCCCCUCGAUUUAUCCAACUGUACAAAGGAAGUAAAUGAAGUUGCUAAUCAGAUUUUAAAUUUAACUGCUGAUGCCCAGAACUUAACCUCAGCCAAUAUCACCAACAUUGUAGAACUGGUCAAAAGAAUUGUGAAUAGUGAAGAAAACAUUGAUUUAACACUCGGCUCGACUCUAAUGAAUAUAUUUUCUAAUAUCUUAAGCAGUUCAGAUAGUGACUUGCUUGAAUCUUCUUCUGAGGCUUUAAAAACAAUUGAUGAAUUGGCCUUUAAGAUAGACCUAAGUAGCACCCCGCAUGUGAAUAUUGCGACUCGGAAUUUGGCUCUUGGAAUAUCGUCCCUGAACCCAGAGACGAAUGCAAUUUCAAAUUUUAGCAUUGGUCUUCCAAGCAAUAAUGAAUCAUAUUUCCAGAUGGAUUUUGAGAGUGAACAAGUGGAUCCACUGGCUUCUGUCAUUUUGCCUCCAAACUUACUUGAAAACUUAAGUCAAGAAGAUUCUGUAUUAGUUAGAAGAGCACAGUUUACUUUCUUCAACAAAACUGGACUUUUCCAGGAUGUGGGACCCCAAAGAAAAACCUUAGUGAGUUAUGUGAUGGCAUGCAGUAUUGGAAACAUUACUAUCCAGGAUCUAAAGGACCCCGUUCAAAUUAAAAUCAAACAUACAAGAACUCAGGAAGUGCAUCGUCCCAUCUGUGCCUUCUGGGAUUUGAACAAAAACAAAAGUCUUGGAGGAUGGAACACGUCAGGGUGCAUUGCGCACAACGAUUCAGAUGCAAGCGAGACCAUCUGCCUGUGUAACCACUUCACACACUUCGGAGUCCUGAUGGACCUUCCAAGAAGCGCCUCACAGAUCGACGCAAGAAACACGAAGGUCCUCACGUUCAUCACCUACAUCGGCUGUGGAGUAUCUUCCAUCUUUUCAGCAGCAACCCUGCUGACAUAUGUUGCUUUUGAAAAACUUCGAAGGGAUUAUCCCUCCAAGAUCCUGAUGAACCUGAGCACAGCCCUGCUGUUCCUGAACCUGACCUUCCUCCUGGAUGGCUGGGUCACCUCCUUCGGCAUGAAGGGACUCUGUGUUGCAGUGGCUGCUCUCCUCCACUUCUUCCUUCUGGCAACCUUUACCUGGAUGGGGCUGGAAGCCAUUCACAUGUAUAUUGCUUUAGUGAAAGUAUUCAACACUUAUAUUCGCCGGUAUAUUCUAAAAUUCUGCAUCAUAGGCUGGGGUUUACCUGCCUUGGUGGUGUCCAUUAUUCUGGCAAGCAAAAAUCAAAAUGAAGUCUAUGGAAAAGAAAGCUACGGGAAAGAGCAAGGUGAUGAAUUCUGUUGGAUUCAGGACCCAGUGGUGUUUUAUGUGGCCUGUGCCGGGUAUUUUGGAGUCAUGUUUUUCCUCAACGUCGCCAUGUUCAUUGUGGUGAUGGUGCAGAUCUGUGGGAGGAAUGGCAAGAGAAGCAACCGGACCCUGAGAGAAGAGGUUUUGAGGAACCUGCGCAGCGUGGUCAGCCUGACCUUCCUGCUGGGCAUGACUUGGGGUUUUGCUUUCUUUGCCUGGGGACCCUUAAAUAUAGCUUUCAUGUACCUCUUCUCCAUCUUCAACUCACUACAAGGAUUAUUUAUUUUUAUCUUCCACUGUGCAAUGAAGGAGAAUGUCCAGAAGCAGUGGAGACGACAUCUCUGUUGUGGCCGAUUCCGAUUAGCAGAUAAUUCAGAUUGGAGCAAGACAGCUACCAAUAUCAUCAAGAAAAGCUCUGACAAUCUGGGAAAAUCUUUGUCUUCAAGUUCCAUUGGUUCUAACUCAACCUAUCUUACAUCCAAAUCUAAAUCCAGCUCUACCACCUAUUUCAAAAGGAACAGCCACACCGACAGUGCUUCCAUGGACAAGUCCUUGUCAAAACUGACCCAUGCUGAUGGAGAACAAACAUCAAUCAUCCCUGUCCAUCAGGUCAUUGAUAAGGUCAAGGGUUAUUGCAAUGCUCAUUCAGAUAACUUCUAUAAAAACAUCAUCAUGUCAGACACCUUCAGCCACAGCACAAAAUUUUAAUGUCUUUAAUAUAAGAAAAAGGAAAAUCAGUUUCCAGAAGUGUGAAGAUCUGCAUGCAGUGUAAACCAUGACUAGCAGAUAUAAAUGUGCUAUUACCUAGGUAACUGCAUACAGAUGAGGGGUGUGCUUUGUUAAGAAGGCUUUUGUGAAAUUUACAAUUCAUCAUUUCAGUAUAUUUCUUCCAAGGGGGACUUUCCAUAAUCAGUGAACUUCAGUACUGAGAGCAAUAUGACUCAGUAAGCCAGGGAGAUAUUAUUUUUUGAAUGUAUGAUUGAAUCAAACUAAUCAGAACUCAGGGGAAGGUACUAAAAUUAGACAACAGGGGAGGGAACAAAGCCAAGGACAAACUCUAGUUUAGAUUCAUCUACCAACCUCCUGGUGAGGCCUGGAUGUAGCCAUUUUUAUAUCAUCUUUCUCAACAAUCAGAAGUGUAAUAAUAUUUGUAACAGUUUUGGAUGCCAACAGAUUUCUUCCAGAGCUACUUUCUGUGAAUGCAUCAGCAUUUUUUUUCUUUUUCAAUGAAAUUUCAACCACAAAUAGAAAAAAAAUGCUUAAUAUUUGACCCUAAGAGUAAAAGGGAUUUUUUUAAUAUCAAAUAUAUAACUUUCAUAACUACAACACACCCUGGAAAGAAAGUUUUCCCAAGAUAUUAUCCAAGUUAAUAGAAGGCUGUGUGAAUUUCUGUGUUCCAUUCAAGACAGAAAGCUUAAGCCUCGUUAUUAACUAUAAUUGAAUCCCAUGCAUUUAAGUAUGGCUUGGUGAUGACAUUCCAUUAACAGGGCCUCCUGUGGUUGUUUAACAAUGAUACUGUUCCCCCUUUACUGUAUAUUGAGCCCAUAGGCUCAUGGGGUAGAGGAGAUUUUCUGUUAGUCACACUGUAACAAGUCCUUUUAGGAUACACACAUUUGAGAUGUUGUGGUCCUGUCCUUGCUCUAAUGACUUUUAAGAUAUUUCCAGUUAAGUAAAUGAAGGCCUCUCUCUUCCCCUACUGAGAAUUUUGUUCCAAGGAAUAUAAACUCAGACAUGUGGAUAUCUCAAUUAAUUAAAAUAAUUUAUUGUGUGGAUCUACAACUGCUAGUCUAAAAUCUAUUUGUACUGAGUCCUCUGAUGAUAACAUAGAAGAGCCUGAGGAGGUCUGGCAAGAUAGAUGGUGUUGUGUUUAUGGAUCAGCCUGAUGCAUAAAAGUCAUGCCUAAUAUCACACAGCUUACCUAACUCUCAAAGCAUCCUAAGGAAUGCAUGCUUGUAAUGAGGGUAGAGGAGACCACAGCUUAAUUGUUAAAUUAUGGAGUCUUAUCCAGUUUCUUAGCAAUAGGCCUCAGUGCAAGCUGGGUCUUAACAGCUUUCUGAAUUCUCUGAGAGGUAUCAGGUUUAGGGAAGCAGCAGUUAAGUGAGGAGGAAAGGAGGGAUUUGGGCAGAGCCUGUUGGCUCAAAAAAAAGGCCAGAACUGAACCCCUAGGGCCUUUACCUUCUAUACAGAAAGCAGAUAGCCCUUGUUCUUAGAUGUAGGAUGACAUGCAGGCUAUGCAGAGACUCAAGGAGCCUCUUUGGCUAAGCUUUAGUCAUGAAGCUAGUCAAGCUCAAAAGGAUAAUGAGAGAGUUUGGUGGUGAAUUGUUACUACUGUUCCAUUUUGCAGCAACCUGGAACACCAUCUUGGCAGAAAAGAGCUGAGUCCAGGCUGGCUUUCACAGGGGAGAGGGGCAUUUAGGAGAAAAAGACAGUAAACCUUAAGUCACUGAGAUUCACAACAGUAGAGCCAAAUCCUUUUCUGUAGGCAUAUAUUAACAGGCUGUGUAUUGUGCCAGAAUUUACAUAUAGAUGAAAAUUAAUCUUAAAUCAUCACUGAAUAUUCAUAUGCUUCCCCCAAACCUUAGACAUUCAUGAUAGAGUUUAAUUAGCUUUCUACUGUGAGAUCUCUGCACAAGGUGCAUAGUUAGUUAAUAGUGAUUAAGAUAUAUCUUCAGAAAUAGCUUUGCUUUUGAUGUCUUCUCAUAUGCAUCCAGAUCUGAGAAAACAUUUUAUUUUUGUAUUUGACAACAAUGUCAGCUCCACUUUAGAAAUUUUCAAUGAGCAGGUAAGGAAAACUAUGGAGAAAUAGCUGCACAGAAACAUUUGCAAAUAGAGUUAAAAGACUGAGCCAAAUUCCACCCUCUGUUCCUUUCUCACCUUUCUUUAGCCCCUCAGAAGCUUGGGGCCACAGUCUCACUGGGGAGCCAAAAGCCACGUACACUCACCUUCCAGAAGAAUACCAAUUCAAACUCUUUAUUUUUUUUUUCUCAUUUCUCCACCUUUUUUAGCUGAAUUGUGUCAAGAGUUUAAGUUUUGAAAUAGUUGCCAUCCUUGUCACCAUUGCUUGCAUUGUAAAGCUAUUCCUUAUCUGUUGUUGGCAUAGACUCUUUUGUACAUAUUUAUUUAUUUGUGUUUACAAAUGUCAAUCUGUCUCACAUCUUAGCUUUACAUUGCUUAGUUUUAUUGUUUUAAUUAACUUUCUAUUAGAGAGACUGUGUAUAUUUUUUCUAAAAAAAAAGUUGUGACAGUUUUUCUGUAGCAAUACCUUUGAACAUGAUGGAUGAAAGUGACUGUGAGUACAAUUUGGAAAUAAUUAGAAGAAGCUACUGCAGCCAAUGUGUGGAUUUACUUCAAUGGAAAAUGUUUUUUCAAAUAAAUACUUAUAUUGUUCAUGUUCCAAA